UUGCAACAUGGCAAACAGACACUCUUCUCAAAGCAAACUUUUCAUGAUAGUGAUUUCUGCCUUGCUCAUGAUCAGUAUCUGUACAGCCAAGUUUCCAAGAUACCAAAGAAAUCAUAUCCCAAAUUACAGCAAAAUUGCUGAUACUGGCUCUGUGAUUUAUCAGAAACUUGAGGCGAAUAAAUAUUUUGUUGGUGAAGAGAGAACAUCUGUCCCUACUCAGGCUCCCACUGAGCCACUAGCGAAUACAUCUCAGCCUCAAGUCAAACCUCAGAGCUCUCAAGCUAGGUCAUCUCUUCCGGCGCCUUCUCCUGUUCAGCAAUCCCAGCAGCCUCAGGCCAGCCCUCAUUCACAAAAGUCAGGAACUGAUUUCAGAAAAGUUGAUAGUUAUCAACAAUUUUUGAUAAAUUCACUCAAAUCUGACUUUUUAAGAGAAUUCGAAAACUUAUUUGAUAGUGUUACAGCGGUCGGCAGCGAUCAUGUGUUCGACCUGAUUGAAUUUUAUGAUGACAAGAUCCUUCUAAUAGACUUUUACACUAAAAGAGGCAACCAUGAGAAAGUCAUCAAAGAUCUUAAGACUCUCAUCGGAGACAACCAAGCCUGAUAUGAUCAGAUCUUGUACGUUGACGUAAAUGCAGAGCUAAAGUAUGAAUUUUACAAUAUCCUGUAUGACUUGAACCUGCUUAUGGAGCCAUUGAACAGCUUCCCCUACUUCUUGGUCCUUAAAGGCGGUCAAGGAGAUAUGAUUACCGGUGAAGACUCAGCCCAACUAAUCUACACUAAAGUCACACAAUUCCUAUCCUAACUCCUAUUUCCCCUAUUCAGUAGAACAA